GUGGGGAUCCACCAUCCCACAGAGGCGUCAGCUGCCGCCCGCCCGCCAUUUGCUCUCCUGUUCGAGGAUCUAGCUCCCUGUUGCAUGUACCACCCCACAAACACAAGAAUAGCAGCAUCUCCAUCUCACUGGCUGCCGUCACCAUGGCAAAUCUUAGCUCCCGAGUUAGUGACCAUGUGGAUAGCUACAUAGGUGCCGCUCUGCCAGCUGCAGGCCGCUCUUGCAGGUGAGAUUCUUGCCGGCACUGAUCCUCUCCCUUGUUCGGUGUGUUCACAUAAGACUUGCUCCAUAUACACAUCGCUUGCUGGACUCAAGCGUUGUCACUGCUCCUUCGAGAUGGUGUCACUAGCUUUCUACCUCUCAGCAACAGUGCUGUUGGCUCAGUCAUCUGUUGCUUUCAACUGCUCAAUACCUCCAAUCUAUGUCGAUAUCCAUAAACGGGUAACCCACAACACCGACAACUUCCAGUAUGGAUCCUUCAUUGGUAUCGGGACGCCAGCACAGAACCACAGUCUUUGGCCGUCAUUAUCGAGAAACCAGACUUCCUUCGGCGCAAGCACGUUUUGCGAUGGGAACAGCACCUUGAAAGACUGCAAAGAAUCGACUGGUGGCUUCUUCAACUCGAGGGACUCGACUACCUUCAUCGAAGACAAGGACUACCAGACAUUAGACACUGCACCCAACAGCACGAUCAAGGAGUCCUUCUAUGGAUAUGACUCGCUCCGCUUAUACACACAUUACUUCGAGACAGACGGCGCGUGGCAGACCCUGGUGGAUAACUCAUCCGUGGAGGUAGUAGAAGAAGGUACAGCGAAGCCCGCUGUUGUGGGUCUAGGGACAUCGUCGACCAUCCUGAACGAUCUUGCCGCACGCAAUCAAAUAUGUGGCAAGAUGUAUUCAUUGUACAUCGGCCAAGGCUUCGAUCGAGCAGGUGGUGCCGUCAACGGGAGCAACGUCUUUGGUGGCUACGACGCAGGUCGUUUUAUCGACCCUGUCCACAAAUACAGCAUGGGCAGCGCAGGAGAAAACCAUCUGAAUGUCCGUGUUAAAGACAUCAUCAUCUCCGAAACCAACAACGUCAACGCCAAUGUUUCCCUCUUCGACACCGCCGCCUUCCCAUCCAUGUCUUCCCGCCCUGACACCUUCGAUGCCCAGAUCACGACCGACCAAUAUCCGCUCUCGCUACCCUACGAAAUAACACAGAAUUUCAUCUCGCAUCUCCAAGCCGAGGAGGACAACACCUGGGGCGACAACUCGCUCAAGCUGAAGAAUGCCUUCAACGGGAGUAUGACCAUCAUCCUCGACGACGGCUUCGAAGUCACGAUUCCGCCAAGCGUACUCAUGAACGCGUCAAACAUCACACCCGUCCAGUCCCGCGCCAAAGACUCCAACGAGCCCUUCUACCUCUCGACCGCCUUCCUCACGCAGGUCUACCUCAUGGCCGACUUUGAAAAGCAAUCCUUCUUCCUCGCCACCGCCGUUCAGAAGAACAACAUGGUCAUGCCCACGCCAUUCUGUCCCGGUUCCACACCCACCGCUUACCAGCGACCCAACCAGGGCGCUUUCGUCAAGCAGGGCCUCAUUGGCGCAAUAGUUGGAGGUGUACUCGGCGGCAUAGGUAUCGGAAUCUGCGCCUACUGCUUCAUAGCCAGCUGCAGGCGGAGAGUGGCCGAGCGCAGGAUCGAGAAAAGGGCCGAGGAGGGUCGGAAAGCUGCGAAGAUGGCGCAAUUCGAGGUGGAGGAGGUCACGGAAUUUGACCCGCCGCCGAAGAGCGCCACACCUUUCUUCUGGAAGAAGAGAUGAGCACAGGGAGCGGGGUUGCAGCAUUUUAUACCCGAGUCGCUGCGAUUCAGCACUCACUUCUGUUCGUUGUACAUAUUUCGCGCCC